CUCUCCACCGCACAUCCACUGCCAAUUCAGACCUGUACAUUUGCCCAUCGGCCAUCCUGUGCCCACUCCAACGCCGGUGAUCCAUCCACUGCUGCUCACUGCGCUGCCCACUGCGCUGCCUUGCAGGUGUCCAUCCAGUCCCUCUGUCCCACCCCGUCGUUUCCAUUUCAUCAACUUCGGGAAUCCACAUCGCAUCCAUCCAUCGUGAGCACCUUCGCUUCGUUCCACCAUCUCAACGCGUGUCUUGCUCCCUUUGCCGGAAACACCACACACUAUCGGAAAACCACACCAUCGACAAGUGUCUCGUCGUCGAAAGGGGUCAACAGCACCAAACACCGUGCCUUUUCCAAACCUACGAUUUGUUGGCAGAUUUCACUCGCUACUAUCAACAAAACUUGGUUUCCUGCCUUUCCGCCAACUCGUCCGAGUUUCUCGUAUCUCGUCACUCGCUCGCCUCCUCCUGUCGCUCCUCAUAACCACCAACACCCACUCACUCUCCGAGAGUCCUCCCACCACUACGCAAAUCUCGACGACAAAUCCCAUUUCGGACGUCGCUCUCAAUUGCCAGACACGAAUUCGAUACCGAUACGUUACGAUUUCCACAUCCGCUUGAUACGAUACCGCUGUCGUUUGUGCAUCCUUGAUUGCCUAGGCGUUGCGAAUCUCCCGAAUACCGAUUACAACAGUUGGGUGGUUCAGUACGAUAAUGUUGGAUUUGUGAAGGAAAAAAAAAAAACGAAACAAGGAAAACGACUAUUCGGGCAUUGAUCGACCAUCAACCCUUUUUUUGAGCUGGGAAAGUGGGAAACUUUGGACGGAUUAGAGUAGGACGAAAAUCACAAACCGCCGACGACAUGAAGCUUUGGUCAGCACGACCGCUUGCGGUCCUCGCAUCGCUCGCGACGUUGGUCGCCCCCUCUUUAGCUCGCGAUAGGGAACUACAUUCAAACUCGCUCGCCGCCUGCCAGGAAAACUCGGGCUUCACGGCCAGUCUCUUCGACGUCAUCUUCUUCCCCGACAAUGGAACAGUCAACAUCAACAUGCUUGCCACCUCGUCCAUUCAGGGCUACGUGGUUUUCGACAUCCGUAUCUUGGCUUACGGCUACCAAAUCAUGCACGAGGUUCUUGACCCGUGCAAUAUCGGCGUUGGCCUGGGCGGUUUGUGUCCCAUGAAUGCCGGCAAAAUGGGCAAUCCUUUCAGACUGGAGCUUGGCCCGGAGGUCAAGGAUAGAAUUCCAGGAAUUGCCUACACAUUCCCCGACUUGGAUGCCACAGUUAAGGUCUAUGUCAACAUGACGGACGGAGAAUUGGCUGGAGAAACCGUUGCCUGCAUUGAGGCCAAUGUCUCCAACGGCAUGACUGUCGAUCUUGUUGGUGUCAAAUGGGCCACCUGGGCUGUUGUCUUCUUGGGCAUCUUGUCCUCUGCCCUGCUUUCUGGUCUCGGAUACGCUAACGCUGCCUCCCAUGUGGCUUCCAACACGCUGUCGCUCUAUGGCUACUUCCAGGCCCAGGCCAUGAUCGGUCUCUGUGGUGUCCAUCUUCCUCCUGCUGUGCGAGCUUGGACCCAGGAUUUCGUAUGGAGUAUGGGUAUUAUCAGAGUCCAGUUCAUCCAGGAUAUCCUCACAUGGUAUCAGCGGGCUACUGGUGGUACCGCGUCCACCGUGCUCAACUCGCUCGAGACCGUGUCCGUCCAGGUCGAGAAGGUGAAGCGUGCGCUACCGGCCGAAUACGUCGAUCCCGCUAUCAACCUCUUCAAGCGGGCGACCGCCAUGUUGCCUCGUGCCGCAGCUCAUGUUGGCAGCAGAAUUGCCAAGCGAGCCAACGUCCAGACUUCUUUCGGCAGUUACAUUGUCUAUGGUAUCCAGCGAGUUGCGUUUCGCGGCAAGAUCGAGUCAACCAACUUGUUCAUGACCAGUUUGACUUUCUUCUACAUUUUUGUGGUAUUUACUGCCAUCCUGGUCAUUUUGUUCAAGAUUGGACUAGAGCUCUUUGCCAAGUUGGGUUGGGUUAAAGGCGACGCCUUCUCCGAGUUCCGCGCGGGUUGGAUUACUGUUCUCAAGGGUAUCCUUUACAGAGUUGGACUUGUGGGGUUCCCUCAGGUUACGGUUAUGUGCAUGUGGGAGUUUACCCAAAAUGACUCUCCUGCGGAAAUGGCCCUCGCCGUCUUCUUCUUUUUUGGUCUCUUGGCUACCCUUCUUUGGGCGGCCUGGAGGGUCAUUCGGAUUGCCCGCCGCUCCAUCUCCCUUCACAGGAAUCCCGCCUACAUCCUGUUCUCGGACCCUCAGGCCUUGAACAAGUGGGGUUUCCUGUAUGUGCCGUUCCGCGCUUCAGGUUACUACUUCAUUGUGCCUAUCCUCUUCUACAUUGUCAUCAAGGGCAUGUUCAUUGCCUUUGCUCAGGCCAAUGGCACCCUUCAGGCUAUCGCGCUUCUGAUCAUUGAAGCUGCGGCGCUCAUUACCGCUUCCGUCAUGCGCCCUUGGAUGGACAAGAGCACCAACACGUUCAAUAUUGCCAUUUGCGCCAUGAACUUCCUCAACGCCAUCCUCCUUUUCCUCUUGACGGACGUUUUCGACUUCCCGCCCUUGGUUAUCGGUGUGGUGGGCGUGGUUCUCUGGAUUGCCAACGCCAUCGUUUGCUUGAUCCUCCUUCUCAUGCUGAUCAUUACCACCACGAUGACGCUGCUCCACAACAACCCGGACACCCGCUACCAGUCCAUGAACGACGACCGCACCUCCUUCAUGAAGUCGAAUCCGCAGCUGCACACUCAGUCGGAACUCGAGGCUCUGGGUGUCACGGCGCGUGGUGAGAGCAAGCUUUACACCAAGUCUCCCUUGAGCUUUGAGGAUGACGAUUCGGCCCUUUCGAGCCCAAGCAACCCGCUGAACCGUCCAGAGACGGCCGAUUCCAACGCUGGUAACCCUCAUUUCCACUCCAACAGGCAUUCUGGGCGUUGGAGUAACGACCCGUCCCUCAUGAGGGAUGAGCCGUUUGUGCGACAUAGGCCGAGCGGAAGCAUUCAGACACCGAGUCCAAUGACGGAUUCGGCCUCGAGUCUGCCAGGAGGGCAAGCAUCGACUCACUCGAUGGUUUCAGAAAAGAAACCACACAACACAGCGAGUCCUUGGCAACGCGGUGCCGGAUAUGAACCAACCAACAACUAGAAGGACAAAACACUUGCGACGGAAGGAAACACCCCCGGAAUCUAUACCCAAUUAUCUUGGCUACCUUAACCAUACCUAUUUCCCCACCAACUCUUUUUUCUUGUACAUUCUUUUAUAAUGACGGUAUCGUAAUGUCUAGCCAUGCUAUGAGCUAAUUGUUGCGUUACGGUCUCGAGCACACACACACGCACACGCGCGCGCAUCUUAUCCUUCUUGAAUUAUCAUCUAUAACACACACUAUCGUCGGGUUUAUGGUGGUAAAAAGAGGGAUUGCUUUGCUUUGCUAUAUCGAUACCAUGGGCAUGCUCUGGGAUACUACGUAACUAGAUGCCGACAUGGGAUCUUUUAUUUUUGGCGGUGGCGGCGGGAAAUGGAUGGGUGGAGAUGAUGUCCAUUCAUUCACCUUUGGUUGGGGUCAUUGGAGGUAGAGCGAAACCCUCAUUCGUAGGUUUUUCUUACACAGAACAGAUAUAAGAAUAGACAGAGGUACGGAUUGAACAGCGUCACAGUAUUCCCA